GUAAAAAUGAAACUAAGCACCUACAAUUUCCUCACCUCCAAGGCCAUAAAGGGUGUUAAAGUUGGCUAUCCCUUGAAAUUGACGAUCACCAAAAAGGAUGUUGUGGAAACGGAAUUCAAUCCGAAUUUCAUUGAACGGCUAUUGCCAAAAUUAGAUUGGAAUACGGUGUAUUUGGCGGCGCAAACUGUUGAAUUAGCCGAUAGCAUACCCGCGGAACAGCCAGCCGCAGUUGCUGACAAUGAAGAGCUGCUGCAGCGUCUACAUCAUCUCUUAUUGGAAAUUGAUGUUUUAGAAGGCCAGUUGGAAUGUCCAGAAACCGGUCGUGUCUUUCCCAUAACAGACGGCAUACCCAAUAUGCUAUUGAACGAGGAUGAAGUUUAA